AAGAUUUCCAUGAUCUUUUCUUCUUCUUUUUCUUCUCUCUCUCUCCCUAUCUCUCUCCUCCAUAUGCAAACAAAACAUAAUGGACAAAAAACCAUGCAACUUAUCUCAAGAUCCCGAAGUGAGAAAGGGGCCAUGGACCAUGGAAGAAGACUUGAUCUUGAUCAACUAUAUUGCAAAUCAUGGUGAAGGUGUUUGGAACUCUCUAGCCAAGGCUUCUGGUCUUAAACGUACGGGGAAGAGUUGUCGACUUCGUUGGCUAAACUACCUUCGUCCUGAUGUUAGAAGAGGGAAUAUUACUCACGAGGAACAACUUUUGAUUGUAGAGCUUCAUGCAAAGUGGGGUAAUAGGUGGUCCAAAAUUGCAAAGCAUCUUCCAGGAAGAACCGACAAUGAGAUUAAGAACUUUUGGAGAACUAGGAUACAGAAGCACAUUAAGCAAGCUGAGAAUCUACAACAACAGGUUAAUAUUUCAGAGAUAAAUGACCAUCAUCAAGCAAGCACAAGCACUAGCAAAGUUUCCACCAUGGCACAUCCCAUUGAGACUUACUCUUCAUCUUCAUACCAACCAGUAACUUUGGAGCCAUAUUUUCCAACUCAGUUUCCUAUAAUCACUGAUCAGUCAAGUUGCUGUACCAAUGAUGACAACAACAAUAACUAUUGGAGCAUGGAGGAUAUCUGGUCUAUGCAAUUACUCAAUGGGGAUUAAACCUAGCUAUAUUAUUAUGCCUAUAUAUAUAAAUCAUAUAUAUAUAUAUAUAUAUAUAUAUAUAAUGACAUAAAUACAUAAGUUUCUUAUAGUGUGUCAGGCUUAAUAACAUCAUUAUGUCUGUUUAUAUGAGUUGUUAAAGUUUGGCGUUACCAUAUAAGCAUGAUGAUUUCAGAAUUAAAAUAUAUAUAUAGGAGCUUAUAUAUAUACUAUAUGUGCAUCGAUCAUAUUAUAGUAAAUGAGAUAGGUGUACGUACCAUAUAAGAUGUGUUUGAGAACCAAACGUUGAAGCAUAUUAAUUAUAUUAUCAAUGGCGGGCAUGCUCGUAUUUUGGUAAA